AUCACGUCUUAGUUGCGGGGCAAGUUCAUCUGGCAAAUACCAGUUCCAGUGCGCUAGCAAGGGUUGGCUGGCCAACUCUCCAUCUUCGGUGGCACCCCUGCUUUUCGUUCUGCGACUUUCUUGUAAUUAUGGGAGAAUCUAAAAAGCGGUGGACCUUUCAGUAAAGUACCUUGAGUGGUCUUAUGGAUUUCUGGAAUAUAUAGAAAAGGUUCUGCACAUGUAUGAUUUUUCUUUUUUCUUUCUCUUUCCUGUCUUUUGAAGGAGUAUCUUCCUCUUGAUAGAUUCUCUUCAAUAAGGAUAGAAUUUUAUAAGAGCUUUAUUCUGGUUUUUGUAUAUAGUGCAAGCACUAAUUGAUUCUGAGGUGAUAUUUUUUGGGCUUUCCACUUUAUAAGGAAUAUAAACUUUUUUUCAAUUCACAAGUAUAGGAUUUAUUUGAAUGGCGAAAAGGGUUUAUUGUUUGGAGAGUGCAUGAUGAAUAGUGAGUAGAAGAGAGGAGGGAAAAGGAAAAAAAUUCUAGGUGCGGGUAGGAGAUUUGAGAUUUGAGGGAUGUCUUCGAGAUCAACGACAAAUAAGACGAAUUGUUCUAGGAGUAGCUCUGCUAGGUCAAGACAUGGUGCUAGAGUGGUUGCUCAGACCCCAAUUGAUACUAAACUCCACGUGGACUUUGAAGAGUCUGAAAGACAAUUCGAUUAUUCUAGCUCAGUUAAUGUUUCCAGCUCCACCAGCAAUGUCCCUUCUUCAACUGUAUCAGCUUAUCUGCAGAAGAUGCAGAGAGGAAGCCUUAUUCAACCUUUUGGCUGUAUGAUUGCUGUCGAUGAGGAGAAGUUUACUGUCUUGGCAUAUACUGAAAAUGCUCCAGAAAUGCUGGACUUGGCACCACAUGCAGUUCCAAGCAUUGAACAAAAAGAAGCUCUGACUUUCGGUACCGAU